GUGACCGUUCCCGUUCUAACCACAACAAGAGGGAGCCGUGGGGUCAAUCCCAGAGUUCCCCCAGUGUGGGACCCACCCCGCCACGGGCCGUUCCCACCCCCCCUCUCCCUCUCCCCGCAGGGCAAGGCCGACUUCAUGGGCAGCACGUUCGCCAAGCCGGUGGUGAAGAUGUCGGAGGAGCUGUACGGGCCCCCCCGCUUCCCCCCCCAGCUCGGGUCCUACCAGAUCUACCGCGGAAACGCCACGCCCGGGGACCUGCUGGCGGCAUUCGAGCUGCUCCAGAUCGGCCCCGGGGGCAAGUCCGACCUGCCCCCCAUCGACGGCCCCACGGACGUGGAGCGGGGCCCGAUCCUGCCGGUGCCGCUGGGGAUCCGCCCGGUGCUGAGCAGAUACAGGGUGGAGGUGCUGUUCUGGGGCCUGCGGGACCUGAAGCGGGUGAACCUGGCCCAGGUGGACCGGCCGCGCGUGGACAUCGAGUGCGCGGGGCGGGGGGUCCAGUCCGCCCUCAUCCCCAACUACCGCAAGAACCCCAACUUCGGCACCCUCGUCAAGUGGUUCGAGGUGGUGAGAUCCCGGGGGCCCCCGGCCGUGACGCGCCGCUCUGUCCCCGCAGGGGAGGUGGUGGUCAGCGUGGAGCCCGAGGUUCCCAUCAGGAAGAUGGAGACGGUGGUGAAGCUGGAAGCUAAUUCCGACGCGGUGGUGAAGGUGGACGUGAGCGAGGAGGAGAAGGAGAAGAAGAAGAAGAAGAAGAAAGGAGGAGGAGGAGGAGGGGAGGAGGCGGAGGAGGAGGAGCCCGACGAGAGCAUGUUGGACUGGUGGUCCAAGUAUUUUGCUUCCAUCGAGACCAUGAAGGAGCAACUCCGGCAGCAGGAAGCGGCCGUGGCAGAAGCGGAGGAGAAGGAAGAGCUGGAGCUUGGAGAGGGCUCCAAGGCCCAGGCCAGGCACAAGGACAAGGCCAAGGCGCCCAAGGAGGACAAGAAGAAGAAGCAGCAGCAGGCGGCCCCCGAGCUCCCGGAGAAGAAGAACAAGCAGAAGGUUGACGAGCUGAAGGUCUUCAACAGAGAGCUGGAGUCGGAGUUCGACAACUUCGAGGACUGGCUGCACACCUUCAACCUGCUCCGGGGCAAGAUCGGGGACAACGACGACACGGCCACGGAGGAGGAGCGGAUCGUGGGCAGGUUCAAGGGCUCCCUGUGCGUCUACAAGGUGCCGCUGCCCGAGGACGUGAGCAGGGAGGCGGGACACGACCCCACCCUCGGGAUGUUCCAGGGCAUCCCCAGCAACGACCCCGUCAACGUCCUGGUCCGGGUCUACAUCGUCAGGGCCACGGACCUUCACCCCGCCGACAUCAACGGCAAGGCCGACCCCUACAUCGCCAUCCGCCUGGGCAAGACGGACAUCAGGGACAAGGAGAACUACAUCUCCAAGCAGCUCAACCCCGUCUUUGGGAAGUGAGUUUGGCCCUGCCCUG